ACUGUCAGCUCUGCCUCCCCACGCCGCCUUCCCUUCAUACAUCUGUCAGCUCCACCCCCCAUGCUGCCUUCCCUUCAUACAUCACAGUCAGCUCCGCCUCCCCACGCCGCCUUCCCUUCAUACAUCACUGUCAGCUCCGCCUCCCCACGCCACCUUCCCUUCAUAAAUCACUGUCAGCUCCGCCUCCCCACGCCACCUUCCCUUCAUACAUCACUGUCAGCUCCGCCUCCCCACGCCACCUUCCCUUCAUACAUCACUGUCAGCUCCGCCUCCCCACGCCACCUUCCCUUCAUACAUCACUGUCAGCUCUGCCUCCCCACGCCACCUUCCCUUCAUACAUCACUGUCAGCUCCGCCCCCCAUGCCUCGGGCCGCUAACAGCAGUUUUAUGGUCUGAGCGAGCUAGCUGCUGGCUGCUAGUCAAAGUUCCACAGUGCUACAGAGCACAAUCAUUUCUGUAGUUUGACCAUGUAUUUUUCACAUGUAGCUAACGUUAUAUUGUUACCUUCAGGGCGUGUCUAUCAAGUCCGUUUUCCAACAUUGGCGAGCAUGCUAGCCACAUUAGCCGCGCAAUAUGCUAACGCCAAGUAGCUAACCUACAAAACAAACAGUAAAACAACAUGGCAACACGUCGUGUCAUGUCCAGCACAUGGAAAUCCAUCCUUGAACCAUUUCAGAGCUUGUUACGCUUGUGGAACUUCUGAAGCACUAAUUUAUUAAUUUAACAGAAAACAACUGUCCAAUCAGAGCAGAGUAUGUAAACGACACACCGCUUCAUGAGAGGCCACAGUACUUUGUGUAAUAUAUAAAGGAGGUGAUGGCGCAGUGGAUAAGACACAUGCCUUUGGGGUGGGAGACCGAGUUCACUCUGUGACACAUCCACGGUGACCGUGUUGUCAAUGUCUCUCAGGUGAAUCACCAUGACGACAGAGCCAGGUGAGCCACAGGAGGCCCAGCCCAAAGAGGCGGAGUUGUUCCCUGAAGCCGCCGCCCACUCCACACCUAAACAGGGAGGGGAGGGCGGGCUGUCCCCGAGCCAAGCUCAGAGCUCAUUGGCUGAGGACUCGACUAGUCACCUGUCUUCGAGCAGUCGAAUCGCUCGCUCCCCGGCAAGAAACCCGCUGAGCUUUAGGACGAUGCAGACCAAAGUGACCCUGCUGGAUGGCUCGCUGUUCACCUGCACUGUGGAGAAACGUGCUCGUGGUCUGCAGCUGUUUGAGAAGGUCUGUGAACACAUCAACCUGCUGGAGAGAGACUACUUUGCUUUGUCCUUCAGAGACGCCGACAACAACAAGAACUGGUUGGAUCCGGCGAAGGAGAUGAAGAAGCAGGUCAGAGGCGUUCCCUGGAACUUCUCCUUUAAUGUCAAGUUUUACGCUCCAGACCCCGCCCAGCUCUCUGAGGACAUCACCAGGUACUUCCUGUGUCUCCAGCUCAGACAAGAUAUAGUUUCUGGUCGUCUUCCGUGUUCAUUUGCGACUCACACUGUCCUAGGCUCCUAUACCAUCCAAUCAGAGCUUGGAGACUAUGAUCCUGACGAGUGUGGCUCAGAUUAUGUCAGUGAACUCUGUUUUGCUCCGAAUCAAACAAAAGAAAUGGAGGAGAAGAUCAUGGAGCUGCAUAAAUCAUACAGAGGAAUGACACCAGCUGAAGCAGAGCUGCACUUCCUGGAAAAUGUGAAGAAACUGUCCAUGUACGGAGUCGACCUUCAUCACGCAAGGGACUCAGAGGGCGUGGCCAUCAUGCUGGGCGUGUGCAGUAGCGGUCUGCUGGUCUACAGAGACAGACUGAGAAUCAACAGGUUCUCGUGGCCAAAGAUCCUGAAGAUCUCAUACAAAAGGAACAACUUCUACAUCAAGAUCCGACCUGGAGAGUUUGACCAGUUUGAGUCUACCAUUGGUUUCAAGCUGCUUAACCACAGAGCUGCAAAGCGACUGUGGAAGGUCUGCGUGGAGCAUCACUCCUUUUUCAGGUUGGUGUCUCCAGAGGAGACCCCAAAGAAGUUGCUGUCUCUGGGUUCAAAGUUUCGGUACAGCGGUCGGACUCAGAUUCAGAGUCGCAGAGCUAGUGCUCAGAUCUCCAGACCUGCACCGCAUUUCCCACGAUGCAUCAGCAAGAGGAACAUGCUGAGCCGCAGCCUAGACGGAGCUUCAAGGGCCACGCCCACAUCUUCUCUGAUUGGCUCUCCAGCCAUCACAGCAUCCCCCAAAGCCAACGGUGGUGCUUACACAG